CUUUGGCGUGACGAAAAUAAACAUAGGUGUUUUUGGAUCGUGUUAAUUGAGAGUUCUGCAGAAUUAACAAUAUUUAAUCAAAUUUGGUGAUCUGAAGCUGUGUUUCGAAGAUGAGAAAAAAUCAGUCAUUGAAAUGUGAUAAAUUAAUUUACAUUUAGCUCAGUUUGUAAAGUUGUUCUCAGGCACGAAUCAUAAGCAAGUUUAAAAAUGGCCAGCUGGAAGUUAAACAUGACCAUCAUUCAGGACAUCCUUUGACAUCUACUAACGAUGCUCAUGUCAGGAAUGUCAACAAAAUUGUGUGUGCUAAUUGAAGACUGACUGUACAAGAGGUUGCAGAAGGAUGUGACAUUUCAGUUGGAUCAGGUCAUAAAAUCCUGACACAGCAUCUUGGAAUGCAUUGUGUUGCCACCAAGUUUGUCCCACGACUCGUGUGAAGAGCAGAAAGAACUUCAUCUUGCAGUCUGUGAAGAGCUUUUGGAUCGUGCAGUUUGUUGUUGCUGAGAAAAAUGCAUGGUAAGGACAUUUCUUUGAGCAAAGCAUUGUCAUGGAUUUUGCGCCAUGGUGCAGUUAAAGAAGGGCUAGCCAUUACUGAAGAUGGUUUUGUGGCAGUGGAGGAGAUUCUGAGCCAUAAAUCAUUUAGAAACUAUCAGUUAUCAGAUAUACAACGUGUCGUGGCAGAAAAUGAAAAGCAGAGAUUUGCAUUACGAACAGAUACUGAGACAGGGACACUUUACAUUAGAGCUAAUCAAGGUCAUUCAAUACAGGCCAUACAGAAGUUGGAUCUUGAUCCAAUACUAGAAUCUUCAAACACUCCUGUGGUUAUACAUGGAACAUACAAGAAGCACUGGGAAAAGAUUAAGCAUGAAGGUCUGAGUCGCAUGUCAAGAAUGCACAUUCAUUUUGCUCCUGGUGAGCCUGGCAAGGAAGGAGUUAUAAGUGGCAUGCGUAAAUCAGCUGAUUUGUAUAUCUACAUUGAUAUGCCAAAAGCUCUUGCAGAUGGUUUGAAAUUCUACAGAUCCUCAAAUAAUGUUAUACUGAGCCCAGGAAAUGACAGUGGGUUGAUACUACCAAAAUACUUCAAAAAGGUUACUGAUAAACACGGAAGAGAAUUAGAAGUGUGACUCAAUGAAUACAGUAAACAUGUAAAUAUUUGUCAGAUCUGUACAGACAGAGGAGAAAGGAGGGCGACUAAUUUCUGUAAAUAAAAAUGCACAUUAAUUGUUUCUAAAAAA